ACCUGAGUUCACUUGCGACCUAACAGCUGGUUUCGCAAAUGACCUGGGAUUGUUUAUUGUCUGUAGUUUUUGGACUAAUCCUUAGGAAUUUGGUCAAGACAUAUGCAUCCAAAAACUUUUUGGAUAGUCUUACAUAUUCAUCAUUAGAUCAGUGGGACUCUGUUAGUGAAGGGAUUUAUUUACAAAAGCAUGGGAUUUCUGCGUAUGAUGGUGAUGUAGUACAUCAGGUUAGAAUAGAUUAAAAUCACAUUUGGAUUGAUAGCCUCCUUUGUUGCUAUUAAUGUGGUCUUACUUAUUAAAGCUGACUGAUGGAGAUGGGACUUCUUAUCAUUUGGCUCUUGAAUUCAUCUUGCUGACUUCCUUGUUCAUAUUUUGCGGAACAGCGUUUAAUUAUUUUCUCUCGAUUCAACAUCGCUACAAGUCUUCUGUACAUGAUUCAUCGAAGCACCUCUUAUUGAAAGAAAUAGAUUUCAGAAAGCUUCAAGCACUUUCAGUGAUAUGGUACGCUCUUAAUCCUUACUCAAUACUGAUUUCAGCUGCUCAGUCGACAGCUGUCGUGUACAACGUUGUCUUUUUAUGGAUCAAUAUAUCUGUCUGUAGAGGUCACUUGUUAUCGGCUGCUGCUUUUUGCGCUGUUGGAUGUUACAUUCGUAUAUAUCCAGGAUAUUUAAUGUUUCCAGUUUUAGCUGCUGCUUACAAUCAGUUUCCAAGUAAAUCGAAAGGAAUAAUUUCUCGUCUAUCUAAUCUCCUCCCAUUAUUGGUUACUUUCAUUGGAAGUUAUUCAAUUUUAUUAUGGAUUAGUUAUACUGUAGAAAAUCAUGAUUGGAGUUUUUUAACAUCAGUUUAUUGGAAUACUAUCAUUGUAGCUGAUUGUACACCUCAAAUGGGUAUCUUUUGGUACAUGUUUGUUGAAAUGUUUGAUCAUUUCAGUGAGUUUUUCACAUGGGUUUUCCAACUACUUAUUUUCAGCAUAGUAGUUGGCUUGACAGUUAAAUUCAAUCGAAAUCCAUUAUAUACAUGCCUUGUAAUAUCAUUUGUUAUCAAUGUAUUACAACCAUAUCACAAUAUUGGAGAACUUGGUCUCUUAAUAUCUAUCCUACCAAUGUGGAGUCAUCUUUUAAAUCAAACUCGAAUGAUGUUUAUUUCGUCGUGUUGCUUGUUGACUGCAUUGUUUCUUAGUCCAUUAUUUCAUUAUAUUUGGUUGCAACCGGGUACUGGAAAUGCGAAUUUCUAUUUCGCCGCAUCGUUGGUGCAUGCAUUUGGACAGCUUGAGUAUCAAAAUCGUCUUACUGGCUUAUCCACCAGUUGUGCCCCUUCACCACGUACAGUUGCUCGUUCAUCAUCAUCGUCGUUAUUAAGAAAAGGCGGUAGGAAUACAUAUAAUCGAUAUCAUGCAAAUGGUUCCAAUAAUAAUGCUGGAAUCAAUUCGUCAGAUGAGGGAUUCGAUAGAUUAUUUUACAAACCUCGUCGUAGUCAACCAGUUGUACAUCCAGCAAGUGAAAUACCAUUUUGUGAAAAUUGUCGUGCUAUGGAUGAAGAAAUGUCAAAAGAAUAUGAUUCAGUGACUGGAUCACCUGUAAAUAAUGAUAAUAAUAAUCAUCUACCUGAAGAAAUGAUUCAUGAUGAUGAAGAAGAAUCAAGAUCAUGGGUUAUGCGAAUGCCUGUUGGUCCAUGGUGGUGUGAAGAUUGUCAAGAGUCAGUGACAUCAAGUAAUUUAACUAUAUCACAAUUAUUUGCUAUUUUACGACAAUGGACACCUUACGCACAGUUACAAUUAAUUACAAUAGUUGAAGAGAUAUUUAGACGUGGUGCUCAUGUUGAUGAUCGUGACGGCUUAAGUGACAUGACUUUAUUACAUUUUACUGCAAAAUCCGGUGCAUUAGGCGAUGAACAAGCUUCGUGUCGUAUUGCUAAUUAUUUAUUAGACGAAGGUGCUAAUCUCGAAGCUCGUUGUAAAUGGACUGAUAUGACACCGUUACAUUAUGCAGCUUAUUUUGACUGUCCAUUGUUAGCUGAUUUAUUAAUAAAUCGUGGUGCAUGUAUAUCAGCUAGAACAUGUUUGAUUGAUCAUUCUACACCGUUACAUUUAGCUGCUAGUCAAUUAUCAUUAGGUACUGCACGUAUAUUAAUACAAGCCGCUGAUUUUUCUGUUACAAAAACGGGACAACGAUAUGAUGCUAAAGAUGCAAAAGAUGGUUAUGGACGUACACCAUAUGAAUGUCUACCGCCUUCAGGUCAACUUCCAGAACCUUUGUGUACACUACGAGAUUUAUUGGCUGAAUUACUUCGUCCAACAUCUCCACAACAAACUGAUGAUAUUGACAUUGAAAAAAGAAUUAUUCAAGCCACUUCAAAUGAUUAUUCAACAAAUUAUCGAAAUGAACAUAUUACUAACAAUUAUGUGAAUAAUCAAAGUUUACCAACUGAGAAUUCUCAUUCACAACAAUCUACAUGUAGUGGAGUUGAUUGGUUAGUUGCUGAAUCUGGUUUUUUAUCACCUCGUACUAAACGUUCACCAACCAAUAUUCAACAACAACCAAAUAUUAAUAAUGAUACGAAAAGUCCUACAACAAGUCAAUCAAAGAAAUUUACCGUCUCUGCAAAAGUCACUCUACAAUCUAUGGGUUUAGCUUUAGGCGAUCGUGUUUGUAUUGCACCAGGUAAUUCCACACCAUCAUCAUCAGCUAUACCGAUCAGUGGUAAAAGUCAGUCACCGUUAACAACGACAGGCGUUUCUGGUAGAAUUGGUAAACUACGUUAUUGUGGAUCAGUUUCAUUUGGUUCCGGUAUAUGGGUUGGUGUGGAGUUAGAUGAACCAGUUGGUAGAAAUAAUGGUAGUGUAGCAGGAAUUCAAUAUUUCUCUUGCCCUAAUCAACAUGGUAUAUUUGCUCCAAUUGGACGAGUUUAUAAAACUGUAAAUAUUGAUGGUAAACAAAAUUGGCAUCCAGUUACUUCAUCUACCAAUACUACUAAUUCUACUAUUGUUAAUAGACGUCCUAAUAAUUCAUUGACUACAUCAAUUACUUCUAAGAAGUUGAAUAAUUUAAAAGAAGACAAUCGUAGUAAUAGUAGUAGUAGUAAUAGUAGUGGUAGUACAAGUGGUAAUAAUACACCUAAAAAACGUUUACCUUCAUCAAGAUCCAGUUAUACGAUUAGUUCAACAACAAUAACAUCAAUACCGGUGUCAACAGAUACUUCACUAAUAGAUCAUCGUAAACAUCCGACAACUGUACCAUCACAAUUAAGUCGUACACCAACACCACCGUCAACUUUACAAUCACCUGGUAAUUUUUCACAUGUUACAGCAAAAAUUGAUACUGGAUUACGAGUUCGUUCACCGGAUAUCAGUCGAAGUCAUCAUUUUCAAAUUGGAGAUCGUGUACUAGUAGCUGGUCAACGUAGAGGUGUUUUACGUUUUAUCGGACAAACGCAAUUUGCUCCAGGUAUCUGGUAUGGUAUUGAAUUAGAACAAGCUGUUGGUAAAAAUAAUGGUUCUAUCAAUGGGAUACGUUAUUUUGAUUGUGCUGUCGGUCAUGGAAUAUUUGCACCGAUUAGUCGUAUACAGAAAUUGCCUACAAGACCAAAUACACCAAACUUAAAUAAACUAUCGGAUAAUCCAACAAUGAUGACUACAUCAUAUCAUUCAGAACAAGUUGAUGGAGUAGCAAGUAAAUCAUGGUGUUGUCGUCGCACACCAUGGUCUAGUACCACAUCACCAAUGAUUGGACGUGCUGUAAUUGGUCGACCACCGCUACCAACAGAAUUAGUCAAUGCAUUGAAAGCUGUUGGACGUGUACCAGUUGAGUCAGUCGAAGAACCAGUGUUUUAUUUGACAGAAGGAAUGCAAGUUUUAUGUGCUGGAGAAAUUGGUAUUGUUCGAUACAUUGGACCAAUUACAUUUGCUGAAGGUAUUUGGCUUGGUAUUGAAUUGCGUAAACCACGUGGACGUCAUGAUGGAUGUGUUGCUGGGCGACGUUAUUUCACAUGUCGUCCUGGUCAUGGUCUAUUAGUUCGACCAGCUCGUGUGUUUUGUCAUGGUAUAAAUGCUGUUAAUCUUCUUCCACCUGCUUUAGCCGAAUUAGAACGUCAACUAGCUAUUAAGCGUCAGGAGUCGGCAAACAGUUGUAAUAGUGGUAGCAGUAGAGUAUCUUCAGCAAAUUCAAUUAACUCUGACAAUGAACAAUCUUCAAAGAUUUCCGUAUAAGAUAAAUUAUAGAGGAGAAAAACAGUUUCAUAAUCAGUUUUCCUGAAGUGUCAUUUUCUUGUUAGCAUUUUGCAAAAAUGAUUCUUUCCAUCCUUACUAUAAACCACCCAGUUAUGAAAUAGAUCAUAAUUAUCCCAUUUUUCUUUGUUAAACGCAUUUACUCUGCUUAUAUUCUUUGUUUUUCGAUCUUCGGUUUUUGUAUUCGAAUAGUAUAGAACUCUUCUGAAGGAGAAAAGAAAUAAGUUUGCCGACUUUCUUAUUUAUUCACGAUGUUUGUCUUAUGGAGCAUUUCUUUGAACUGGUUACAUUCAUUGAUUAUGUUUCAUUAAAUAUUGAGACUAGAAAAAUUACUUUUUAUUGAAGCUUUUACGCUUUAUUUUAACUUGAUUUCUUUGGUUAUUUUUGCCUUGUUUCUUCCGUUUUCAUCUAAUACCUUUCAGUGUUUUACAUGACACUGUUGUUGUUGUGGGUAGCAUUAGUUGUUUUAUUUAUUAAUUUUUAACAGGCAAAUUUAACACAUUCCUACAUUCUUUUUCAGCGCUUGAGAAUACUUAAUUUCUUCCUUUUUUGAAUAUAAAAAUAGACUACUUAAUCAUAAUAUAAGUAGUAAACGUUUAUUCGUCGAAAUAAUAUUGAUUUUGUUUCAAUAUAAUUUGAUUUUCUUUUCAUUUUUCUUGUUUAAAAAAACUUUGAAGUUCAUUUUCAUUCUUUAUAAUUUGCUUGUAUGUGAUUUUUAAAUGUGCGCCUACACGUUACUGAAAUUGAAUUUUCAUCAUGGAGAAUAACAUGACCUAAUCUAAAUCUUUUUUGAAUCACUAGUCAUCAUUUAUAAAAUAGAUCUUGUUUUUAUUUUAUUUUAAGAAAACAUAUUUACACUGUUGCGGUUCCAACGGCUUAUUGUUUGGUGUGUGCAUUAAAACUAGAUUUGUGACAUACUCAAUCAUGAUCAGUAAAAACAUGGCUUUGAUCAUCAUCAUCAUUGGGGUGUUAUUUUUGUAAACGUAAUUUUAUUCAGCCGACGUUUGAAUAUCAAUGCUCAAGUAUUGUUUAUCCAAAGUCAAUUAAUCAAACUAUUUCAACCAAGUUAUCUGAAUCACCAUGUUUUUAACAUUUCAGUUAAUUAUUCAACGUCUUGGAUUGUAAGCCGUUCCAGGAUUUCUUUUCAAGCAUACUCUACUUGACAUUGAUAAACUUCAUACAAUAAACAUUAUUUAUAUUUGUAUCAUUAAUGUUUCCAAAUAUUCCUUAACAUAUAUCUGUAGGUCCUAAAAUGGUAUUGGUAUGUUCAGAAUGAAUCUUGUU